AUAGAGAACAACAAACAUCUGGUCACAGGGUCAGUCCGAGCCGAGGUACUGAAAUGGGGUGAAGAUGUAACAGAAUUUCAGCCUCCCCCCGAUUAUAUACUAAUGGCUGAUUGCAUUUACUAUGAGGAGUCGUUAGAACCGUUACUGAAGACGCUGAAAGACCUCACUGGCCCCGAUACGUGCGUCUUGUGCUGUUAUGAACAGAGGACCAUGGGAAAGAAUCCUGAAAUUGAGAGAAAAUACUUUGAGCUGCUUCAGAUGGACUUUGAGCUGGAAAAAAUUCCCCUGGAUAAGCACGACGAGGAGUAUCGCAGCGAAGACAUUCACAUCAUGAAUAUCCACAGGAAACGAACG